GUAGAACAUAGGUACACAUACACAGCUGCAUAAACCGUUCUCAACCACAACGAGUUCCUGUUCUAUCAUUCAAUUUUGCAGUGAACUUCGAAGACUUGAAACAAUGAUCUCACUGUGACAUUCGAGUCCAUCAGUUUCGUUACAGUGAAGAUUGCAGUAUUGCACAGUUAUCCUCGUAGAUUCAAUAUGAAUUACAUCUAUAAUUAUGAAAAUCCAAUGCAUCAAUGCGAAAAGUUGAUGAAUGCAAACUACGACAAACUAAAGUUUUUAAAAGAUCAAACGCCGACAACGUCAUCUUCCUCAGAGUUUUCUGCGGUGGAAAACGCAUACACGACUAUUAAAAAGUACCUGGACGAAGCGAAGAAAAAUAUUACAUCGUUGAAAUCGAAAUACAGUGAUUUAACCGAACGCUAUCGGGGUUUACUUGAAACCAAUGUUGCAAAAGAAUACCUCAAUUACUUAGAACGUCAAGAAGUACUUAGAUUGAAAUUCCUGGAAAUCAUUUACGAAUGCAAACGGAUCAACUCAUGCAUAGAUGAGAUUCUGUAUGUUAGUUGUGUUGACGCGGAGAAGAAGAAGAAGAAUUCCAUUCAGAAUCCAUCAGAACAAUUUCGUGGCUGUGAUGCUAAUUAUAACCAGUUAAAUGUAGUUGUUGAAUUGGAUUCAUCUACUUCUACAGUUUCGAAUAAAAGUACUUCUUCGGCUGGCGUUUUUCAAGCUUCAUCGUCUCCUGAUUUGGUUAUUAGCAAUGUAACGGGCAAGAAAAAGAGCUCAACAAGGUCUAUUGAGAAUCAAAAAGUAAAACGAUCCGUUUCAGCGAAGCAAAAUGGAGCUUCAGCUACCUCAAGUCCCAGGGAAAUUUUUACUUGCAACGUUUGCGGCAAAACUUUUAAAUGGAGACAAAACGUGGAAAGACAUGCGAUUAAACACAAAGGUUUGAAGCCUUUCAGUUGCGCGGAAUGCGGCAGAUCAUUCACCCGAAAGGAUUAUAUGAAAAAUCAUAUACUUAUGGUACACUUCCCUCAUCAGAAGACGCGUAAUCACGAUGAUAAUCAUCGACAUCAGCGUAAAAGUAAAUCAGUUUGUGAUAAAAAGAGACAACAUUCGUCUAAUUUGAAUGUUGCUGGAUUUAGUUGUACUGUGUGUGGCAGAAUGUUCACGAGUAAGAGUAAUAGAAGACGUCACGAACAUGUGGUACAUGUAUAGAAAUGUAGAGCAUAUGGUAUUCUUAUUGUUAAAGGUGCACAGCUGCAUAAACCUAGUUCUCAAAGAUACAAGCUCAGCCGUUGCUUUACGAAACAAUUGAAAUCAGUUUCAGCAGCGUUUUGAAUAUUAGGUCUUUCAAGUUCAACUUUUUCAAUUGUCAAUUGGACAAAUUUGCAACCAUUUGCGUUAGUUUUUAAGCUCUCUGAAGGUUCAUACUGAUCCCUAUUAAGACUGAUACUAUUAACUAAGUUAUAAUUAAAGUAAGCUAGGUUCCUAUUACGCUUAUAUUUUGAAUCACGUUAAGUAAUAAUAAACAUUAAAUUCAGCCCUUGAAUCAUUCUAUAGUUAAUUGGCUGAUAAUUUUAUUUAAAUUUGCCCAAAAAGCUAUAUGUACCUUGUAUUAAAAUAUUGUCAAAUUUUUGUUUUUUGCCUCAAAUUGCCGAAAAUUCUCAUAUUUAUGUUAAAUAAUUGCCAAAAAAAAAACUUGCUUUAUUGCUAGAAUGUUUCAAAAUAGUUCCACUUUUCUGACAAAAAUUUGGAAAAGAAAAAGCAUAAUUUUUUGGCAGUGAUUAUGGUACUGAUCAAGUUUUUAGGCCAAAAAGUCCAGUUUUUUUAUUAAAAAUAUUGCCAAAGUCUCAAUCGAGUUUCAUUAUGUACUUAGAUUAUAAUUAGAAUGUUCAAUAUUUAUGUUUCGUGUACUUUUUUUGUAUUUGUAAUUUAAUGUUUUGGCUUUUUUGUGGCCUUUUUUCACAUUAAAAUGGUUUGUUAUUGCUUAUUA